UUUCAUUUUUGUUUAGUGGCUGAACACAGUCACCAGUCAAAGAGUCAGUCACAAAUAGCGUGAUCGCAGCCAGAUUGAAGCAAGUUUUUUCCCCCCCUUUGACUGAAGCUCAGCAGCCUUCAGUCUUCACGACUCUACUCCUCCGUCCGCCUGCGCACUCUUCGUCCGAGCCGUGCAACACCAACACGCGUUUUACUCUUGCUGCCAUGGAUGCAAGCCAGCGCAUCACCAUCGGCCUCUGCGCCAUGGAGAAGAAGACCAAGUCCAAGCCGAUGCGCAUGAUCAUGGAGCGCCUGCGCGUCUGCGGCGACUUUGAUCUCAUUGCCUUUGAUGACAACACCAUUCUCAAUGUGCCUGUGGACCAAUGGCCCAUCUGCAACUGCUUGGUGGCCUUCUUUUCAACGGGAUUCCCGCUCCACAAGGCGAUGGAAUACGCCGAGCUGCGUCGUCCGUUCAUGCUGAACGAGCUCGAACCGCAAAUAGGUUUGCUCGAUCGUCGAUCGGUCUACGAAACGCUCAUCGACAACGGCAUCCCGGUGCCACGUCACGCAGUUCUUGAGCAAGACAAGAUUGAAGAAGAGUUGGACGAGCAUGAGGAUUACAUUGAGAUUCGUGGAAUGCGCUUCAACAAGCCGUUCGUCGAAAAGCCCGUCAGUGGCGAAGAUCACAACAUUUGCAUUUACUACCCGCGAAAUGCAGGCGGAGGCAGCCAGCGUCUCUUUAGAAAAGUGGGCGACCGAAGCUCCCAAUUCUACCCGGAUGUGAACACAGUUCGCCGCAAUGGCUCCUACAUUUACGAGGAUUUUCUUGCGACCGAGGGCACGGAUGUCAAGGUCUACACUGUUGGUCCGAUGUACGCUCACGCCGAGGCUCGCAAGUCGCCUGUGGUUGAUGGCAAGGUCUUGCGCGACGCGGACGGCAAGGAGAUUCGCUUCCCGAUCAUGCUGACUCCAGAAGAAAAGGACAUGGCGCGCAAAGUGUGCAGCGCGUUCCGCCAGAUGGUCUGCGGAUUUGAUCUCUUGCGCACUGGCGGCCGCUCGUUUGUGUGCGACGUGAACGGCUGGAGCUUUGUCAAGAGCUCUUCCAAGUAUUACGACGAUUGUGCCGCGGUUUUGCGCGAUCUGAUUCUGCUGAACAUGGCACCGAGUCGGCUGAACAUUAAUCGGCUGCCGCGCGGUGGCCACCGCACGCUGUCCAUUCCCGAGUCGUCGCUCACCGAAAGCGACAAGGCAUACCUUGCUGGGCUGGAUCUGGAGGGAGGCGAGGACUCUGGCACCACGACGCCUCCCCUCGUCGGCAGCAGCGCCAUCUCGUCCCCGGCUCAUGGCGGCAGUGGAACGACCACGCCUGGCGCCAUUGGAUCGGGCACCCCUUCGACAUCGCGCCGCGAGCUCGACCCGCUGACGGGCUCCGGCUCGAUCUGUGGCACGAGCGCCGAAGAGCUGCGCUGCGUGAUUGCCGUCAUCCGGCAUGGCGACCGCACUCCCAAGCAAAAGCUCAAAAUGCUCGUCACCAACGACAAGUUUUUGCACUUUUUCGCAAAGUACAGCGACGACAACAAGACAGAGCUCAAGCUCAAGACGGCCGUUCAGCUGCAAGAGCUGCUGGAUGUUACGCGUUCGCUUUUGCAGCAGCACUCUGGCGACGACGACUCUGACAUUGAAGAGCGCUUUGACAAGCUCGUGCAGAUGAAGGCGGUGCUCGAGAAGGGCGGCCACUUUUCUGGCAUCAACCGCAAGGUCCAGCUCAAGCCUUUGCGCUGGGUCAAGCGCUCCAAGCGCACCAAUGCUGGCGCCGAGUUCAGCGACGCACAAGAAGCGUCGACCGAGUCUGUUGCCGAGGCUCUGCUCAUUCUGAAAUGGGGCGGCGAACUUACGCACGCAGGCCGCGUCCAAGCGGAGAUGCUUGGUCACACAUUCCGCGAAGAUUUGUAUCCGGGCGAAGGUAGCGGCCUGCUCCGCCUCCACGCCACCUACCGUCAUGACUUGAAGAUUUACUCCUCGGACGAAGGCCGUGUCCAGGUGACGGCGGCUGCGUUCACCAAGGGCUUGCUCGAGCUUGAGGGUGAGCUCACACCCAUUCUCAUCUCGCUUGUUCGCAAGGACAAGGCAGCCAUCAAGCUGCUCGAUGACGCAUCUGGCGCGAACGAGGACGUUGCAGAAGUCAAGCAGAACAUUCACGCACAAAUGUCGAUCGACAAGCGCUUUGAUCGCGAGAUGAUUGAACAGGCUGUUCCCACAUUGUCGCAGUCCAUGGUGCGCUCGCUGCAGCUUGUUCGCAAUCCGCGUCAAAUGUGCCUGCGCAUUCACCGCCUGAUCCAGGCCGUCACCGAUCAGCUGCGCGACUUGAUUGCCGCGGCAACUCCCGAGGAGCGAAGCGGCAUUGACUCGCUCUGCAACGGAGAGACGUUGUCCUUGAUGCACAAGCGCUGGGAGAAGCUGCUGCGCGACUUUUUCAACAAAAAGAAGGCCAAGUUCGACUUGAGCAAGAUUCCCGACAUUUACGAUUGUGCCAAGUACGACGUGCUGCACAAUCGCCAUCUGAGCAUCAAGAACAUGCGAGAGCUGUACAUUUGCACCAAAGCAAUGGCCGAUUUCGUCAUUCCGAGCGAAUACGGCAUGACCUGGGAAGAGAAGGUGCGGAUAGGCAGCAGCAUUUGCGCCAACUUGUGCUCCAAGAUCCUGGCCGAUCUUGGCAUCGCAAGCACUCCGCCAGAGGUGCCUGCGGCAGCUUCAGUGGCUCCCGUUGUGUGUGGCGGUUUGUCCGUCCCCAUUGGGGCAGACGUACCUGCACCGCCAAACCCGCCCGUCGCUCCGACUCCCCCUUCUUCUCGUCCCCUCGGCGCACCCGCUGCUGUUUCCUCGGGCCCGUCCACUGGCUCGCCGUCAUCCGGGUCCAGCACCGGCGCUUCUUCUGGAACGGACGCGUCCGUCGACGGCGUUGGGGCUCCUCCCCCGCCAACCCCGCCGCUGCUGCGAGGAUUGCAGUCCCAGACGAGCAUGAUGGCUGGUGGCAGCAGCAUUUCCACGCCCACGAGCAUGACCGCUGCAGCACAAUCCGUGUCCUUCUUCCCCACCGAAACCGUGCAUCGUCUCAACUCGAGGUAUGUGACCAACAUCAAGACCCCCGAGCGCCAGGUCCGUUCUCGUUUGUACUUUACGUCCGAGUCGCACAUGCAUUCGUUGCUGAAUGUGCUGCGGUUUUCGAGCAUGCGGCACAGCGAGGAGUGGCGCGAUAGCAUGACCAAGCUGAGCGCAACUUCGGAGCUGGAUUACCUGACUCACAUCGUGUUUCGUCUCUACGAGCGCUUUGAUGUCGAUCCUUCCCUUCCAGACCGUUUCCGCAUCGAGCUCAUGUUCAGUCCGGGUGCGGUCAAGGUCACCGAGGCGCCGGACGACACGCACGUUGUUCCUGUUGCGCCAACCAUGACCCUCAACUCGUCCAUCACCCUGCAAGAGAUGGAAGAAGUGCUGGCGAGCGCAACUCGUCAACACUGGGAGAACAAGGAAGCCGAGCAGCCAGCUACUGUUUGAGCGGCGAGUGGUCUUUGUUUGUGUGAAGUGUGUGUGUGUGUGCGUGGUCUUUUUUUGUAGUGUAAUUGUGUGGAUUGAACGUAAAGGACAAAGUUGUAUUGCAACAAGCUGUUGCACACCGCGGACAAGCGUGCGCCGUCCCGUCGUCUUCUACUACUGCAAAAUUGUA